AUGGCUCCCUCCCUCGUGCAGGCUCACCCCCGCCGCAUCGCAAAGGUCGCCAAGCAAAUAGAGCGAGAGGUUGGUUCACUUCUCAUUCACGACAUGGUCCUCCAGAAGGCCAUCUGCCCGGAGCGGCGGCGAGGCAUCGAUGCAUCCAUGUCGGCUGUGGCCUCCGUUACAGAGGUCCAGCUGACUCGGGACAUGCAGGUUGCGCGUGUCUUCCUCUCUAUAUUCUCAGAUGAGGAGGGCAAGGCGAUCGCCUUGCAGGGACUGCAGGGACUUGAAGGGUAUGUGCGGAGGAUGGUGGCACGAGAGAUGGGGCUGAGGCUGAUUCCCGAGCUCCGCUUCCAGCUGGAUGACACCAUGGAACGCAGCGAUCGGGUGCAGGCGCUGCUGGAAAGGGUGAGGGCCAUGGAAGCGGGCGAUGAGGAGGCGCCUCCCAUCACGCUGUCGUAG